UCCCACCCCUCCGCUCACCUUACAAAGCCCCAGUCCCACAGAUUCCCUAACUAUGAGAAGUGGCUGUGGGGCAGGGUUUCUUCCUUAACACCUUCAACCAUGGGGCUGGGCUGUAGGUAUUUUGUGGGCUUAGUACUCCUCUGGUCCCUGGGGACAGCCCUUGGGCAGGGGGACUUCCGCAGGGUCAGUUUUUCUGUCUUGCAGCGUGGAUAUGAGUAUGAUUGCGGAGACUAUGGGAUGCAACUGCCGGUCCUUCCCAGCCAGGACCGCACUGUCCGCUUCAAAGUUGUGGAUGAGUUUGGGACUCCCUUUGAAGUUACAAACUGCUCCAUCUGCCUCCACUGGAUCGCAUCUGGCGAGAAAGGGGAGGUGAUCUUCUCAGCUGGCUACAAUGGCUGCCAUGUGCUCAAGCAGGAUGGCCGUAACCACCUGAGGGUCCGAGUGGAGGAACUACUGAGCACCGGGGCCAUCGCUGCCACCCGUGACGUGACUAUGACCUGCCCCAAGCCCACUGAACAUGACUUAUCCCCAGAGGAGACCAUGCGCUACGUGCCGCAGCCGGGCCUGGUGCGCCCGGUGCCCCAGCCGCAGCCGGGCCUGGUGCGCCCGGUGCCCCAGCCGCAGCCGGGCCUGGUGCGCCCGGUGCCCCAGCCGCAGCCGGGCCUGGUGCGCCCGGUGCCCCAGCCGCAGCCGGGCCUGGUGCGCCCGGUGCCCCAGCCGUACAGCUUUGGUCUCAUUGAAGAAAGUGAAAAUUAG